AUGCGUACCUCGAUCUACCUGUCCCAAUUCCUUGCCUUGCUCCUCUGCUUCAUCUUCCCUUUCUACUUCGCCAUCCGUGGCCCCGCCUCAUGGACCGAUAUAGAAGAUAUCUUUUCCUCCCUUUCGGAGUGCGUUCAAGUCCUUCACGGCGAGCUCAUCUCUUGGCGCUUUUCCGCCCCAGCGCCAAUCCCUGAGACAGAGCUCGACGCUUUCGUCGAACCUCGAGGCACGAAAAAGGAGAAAAAGUCCUCCAUUCCCGAUGGAUUGGCGCAUUGUAUUUACUCCUUUGAGCAGUACCCAUUUCUGGCUGAGCAAGUGCUUCAGCGAAAGCAUGCGCGGUAUUCCAAGCAGGCGCCUGCGCAGAAAGCGAUAAGCGACAAGCUUGGCUACAAUGCACACUUCAAGAAAUCGAGGAAGGGAAUCGAGACAAAUGCCCGAUUCUUGGGAAAAAUUGCCCAGGCCGCGAGGGAGGAUUAUCGAACCGGCCUGCAAGCGCUGGAGAAUAGAGGAAAAGCGGAAUUUGGAGUUGUGGACUUGGCAAUGGGACAUCUUUCGCGGGACUGGAGCACGCAGGGUGCAAAGGAGAGACAGGCCGUAUUUCCAGCUAUCCUAGGUGGACUUGAGCAACAUUUGGGCCGAAACGGGACAGGAAAAAGGAUACUUGUACCCGGAUCCGGUACUGGGUACGACGUCACAGCCAACGAGCUAGACUAUGGCUCCAUUCUUACCUACAAUCUACUGAUCAAUCACACAACCGCGCUUCACCAGCACACCCUGCAGCCCUUCGUGACCAAGUGGACACACCAGGCUAAUCCUUCGUCGCGCUACUCCGUUAUAACGGUGCCGGACCACUGGCCGAACAAAGCUGUCAAGCUCGUUGAGGGCGAUUUUUUGGAGAUGUUCCCCCAGGGCGGUGAGUUUGAUGCCAUCGUCACGCUGUUCUUCAUCGACAUGUCCGAGAACGUGAUCGACUUUCUGAGCAACAUUCAUCGGCUGCUGAAGCCAGGUGGAAUAUGGAUCAAUCUUGGGCCGCUGAAAUGGGGUACUUACUCCGCUCUUCAGCUCUCGACAGAUGAAGUACUGCAGCUGGCAGAUUUGCUCGGGUUCGAUGUAGACCAUACGUCAAGGAAGAACAUUGACAGCCUGUACGCUGAACAGCCGGAGACGUUGCUGAAGUUUACCUAUGUGACGCAGUUCUGGACCGCGAUAAAAAGGGUUUAA